CAAAACUAUUACAUGAUUGUAGUUUGGAUUCUUAUUAAUGGCCUCCAAGAUAAAACAUUAAAAAAUUAUGAACAAAAUAUAAUUAAAGAUUCUUUGGUCAAUAAAACUAAAGUAAAAGACCUAUCUAAAUCAUCUACAAAGAACUCAUUUAAUGUUUUAUCGGUGGCAUUAGUAAAUGAAAUGCUUAAUAUGAUUACUGAUCUUUUGGAAAAUGCUAAAAAAGAAUCGACAUCAGAUCAACUUAUGAAACUUGUUGACUUAGAAUUAGAAAUAAUUCCAGCUUCAUUAGAUAUAUGUGCUAAUACAAGAGCUUGUGAUAGAUUAUUAAGAAUUUUUCAUGCUAUUCCUCUGGUAAAAUUCUUAUAUCAAUUAGCUGCAAUUAGUCAUCGAAAAGUAAUGUGUCUCAUUUUAAAUAAAAACAAAAAUAAGACUAAUGGGAUUCGUACCACAAGCUUAGAAUCAAUAGACAUGGUACCCGAAACACCUGAAAGCGGACCUCCUGAAGAAGGAGAUGAAGAUAAUGAAUCAUUAUUUGGAGCUUGGUUUGAAGAAGUACUAACAUUAGGUGAUCAACAAACUGAAAAUAUAUCUUCUAAAGCACAGGCAUCGGAUUAUGUUGAUUUAGAUAAUAGUUUCUUAGAUUCGUCAAACUAUAGAGUAGUUCCUGAAACUGAUGAUCCAGAAGGGUAUUUGGCACUGAUAAUAAGGAUAUUUAAUUUAUUGGAUAUAUAUUUUUUAAAUACCGAAUGUAACUAUGUAUCCUCAUAUGUAUCUAAAUCUAUCCAAACUGAUCAUCUUGUUGUAUUAGCUAAAUUGAUUAGAGAAAUAGACUGGGCACCUGUUAAUAAUGAUUUAUCUUGUAUUCUUGAUUCUCAUCAAAAUGUAUCAUCUUCUAUUGGAAUUUUCUCACAUAAUUUGAUUGCUAAAGAUUAUCUAUCGGGAAAACAACAGGAUGAAUUUAUUGAACUGAUGGGGAUAAAAAUUCCUCAAGAUACUGUGGGUAAAAAAUGGCCAUUGCAAAUUUAUCCUAGGACUUUGGCAAUACUAGUACAGGUUUUAUUGAAAAAACCAAUUAUAGAAAAAGAUGAAUCAUCAAUGUUUAUAUGGCAAAACUUGAUUAAUGCAUUAAGUUCUAUUAUUGAAUAUCCAUCAAAUAGUAAUGAAGAUUUUGAAGAUCUGAAUAUUGAGCAUGCUCAGCUAUUAAUAUUUUUGUUCAACUCAAUGUCUUUAACUCAUAAAAAAGGAAUUUUAUUAGCUAUUUGUAAUACUAUAAUAGGUUCAAAAUUUUAUUUGGUCUUAAAUCCUGUUUACAACAAUCAUAUCUUAGCUUUAAGUAGAUUGCUCCUUUUAUUUGAUUACUUGGUUAGAAGACUAUAUGAUGUACCUAAAUAUUUGUUAUCACAAGUUGAAUGGAAUUUGAUGCGUGUUAAAAGUGAAUUAGAAGUAGACAGUGAUGAAGUACAAAUUACUGAUGAAAACACUUAUAUGCUGUAUAACUCUAUUGAAGAAAACUUUCGUAGAAGAUCAGAUAGUGUAGGAUAUUCAGUUGCUGUAGUCCCUUGUUUUUAUAAGCUACUAGACGAUAAACAAGCAGUCAAUGAUGCUCCUAAACUGGAUGGACUGGCUCUUAAUUUUAUUCUAAAUCAUCCAGAAAAGUUAUGUUUCCCACAAUUAAUUCAAGCACUCUUAGAUAUUACUACAACUUUAAACUUGUGUAAAGGAUUAAGUUUAGGUGAUAGUUGGCAUGAAAAUAUUAUGGAUAAAUGUUCAAAUCCUUUAACAUUAUGUAGUAUUGAAUAUUGUUUUAAUCUAACUUGGAAACUGUUGUUAUCAUUACCUGUCCCUAUACAAAAACUACAAGACAUGAUAGAAGAUAAAUCAAAUGGUUUUGAUACUUCAAGCUUAUUAUAUUUCUUAGUUUGGGGUCCAAGAACUAGUCAAACUUCUAAAAUUUACUAUCAUUUUUUAAAGGAAGGAGUUUACAAGCAGAUAUGUGUUUUGGAAAAUUCUGAAAGUAGUAAAGAGUUGAAUUCAAGAGAACUUUUAUUAAAUGUAGCAUCCACUGCUUCAUCAAUAAAAUAUGAUUAUCAAAUAGCCAAAGUUCAUUUUAUUCAACAACUUCGUCAGACUGAUGCUAUAAAAAAGAAACGCUUUCCGUUGUUAUUGGAUAUGAUACUGUUUGAUGCGGUGAUUUCAAAAAUUUAUAUUCAAACUCGACCAGGAAAAACACCAGAUGAAGAAAUGAUAAAAUCUUCAAAUACUGAACUUAUUCAAACACUAAUGCCAUAUUGUAUUGAAUUGGCUAGGUUGAUUUUUACCAACAUUAAGAGUAAUCUGAUGUAUCAAAUAUCCAACUUGAAUCAAGCUCAAGAGUUUUCAUCUGGAGACAUGGCAAAUUUGAAGAUUAUUUUGUCAAUGACUAAUAAUCACUCAUCUUUGGAAUUUUCACCUAUUACAUAUAAUUUACCAACUAUAAUGUUUGAAAUAAUUCCAUCUUGGGUUGUAUCUAUUUUGACAAAAUGGAAUUCAAUUUCUAUUGGUCCUCAGUUAAAGACCUCUAGUUUGGAUACUGCACCUGAAAAUUUGAUUCAAAAUAUUGUAAAACAUCAUUCAUCUUUUGUAUCCAGCCAACAGAUAUAUUUCAAUACUCCAUCAUUAAAACGAUUACUCAAUACACUUGUUGUAUUUAUCACAGAAAAUAUACAGCUAUGUACAGACUUUAAAUUACGUUCAGAUUUUGCAAAUCUCUUGAGUUCUAUGACUAUUGACUGUUCAUCAGAAUACCUUUUAGAACACAUUAUUCCUACAUUGGAGAAAUUAAAAAAUCCUGGAGAUCAUGAUCCUGCUACCAUGAUAUCUAUACUUAUAACUAAAAAUAUAAGAAAAUUAGCCAUUUUAUAUAAACGAGUAGAUACAAUCAAUACAGAUCAUUUAGUUGAAAAAGCUUUAAUACACAGUAUUUUCUGGAUUGAACAGUUAAUAUUUGAUUUUUCAUCUGCUCGAUAUGCUGUUUUAAGAACAUUUUGUGUUAGUGCCCAUAAAGAUGAAAUGUUGAUGAAAAAGUUUAUUUCAUCUGGUGUUUUUAUAAAAGCACUUGUUAGAUUGACCAAUCGAUUAUUUUCUUAUCUCAAGACAAAUAAUCAUCAAGAUAUUAAAGUAAUAUGCCGAACAAUUAUUGAAUUAUCAACUGAUCCAAAAAAUAGAUUGGAUCUUUGGUUACAAAGAAUUAUUGUUGGUUGGAACAAAGAUAAAGAUUUAAUUGAUGCUGCCGGUAUUUUAUCUCGAGAAUUAAGUGUUUUUUUGAAUGAUAGACAUUCUAAUUCAAUUAAACAUUUUACAAAUAACAUUUCAUUUGUAAUUGAUCCUGAUGAAAAUUUUGAAUUAAUAAAGAAUAUGAUUGAUUUUAUUGGUGCAUUAGAUACGUAAGUA